GUACGUCGCGUCUCCCCACUACAGCCUUGUGGCAGCCAACGAAUGAAAGACGGCUUUGCCGGUGCGCUUGCAAUCAGAUCGGAGCUUGCAGCGGUCUGAAAGCCAGCGAGAGAAAACACAAGGCGGAGCGGUGGUUUGAAGAGUGGCGCCCUCUGUUGGAACGGCCAUUAUGAACAGCAUCAUCAUUCUCGAUGAUGAUGAAGAUGAACUGCCCAGCUCCUCCACCAGUCACACGCCCCCUCCCAGAGGUCCCACCAAUCACAUGCCACAGCGGUCCCACACCCCUCCGUCACCCACCAAUCACUCGACAAAGCCAACAUCUGAUCCUCCUACCUCUUCCAAUCACAAGCCUGAUCCAUGGCCCGCCCCUUCCUUCUCCACGAAUCAGAGCUCUUCUGGUCUGCUGGUGAACAUGGCCCUGUUUCAUGAGUUUGUGCAGUACUGCUCCGGCCUCACCUCUGACCACCCAGAGGUGAUCUCGUACCUGUGUUCGAAGCAGAGCCAAGCCAGCAAGCAGUACCUGGGCUCUGUGGAGUUCCGCAACGCGCUCGGGCGCUGCCUGACCCACGUGCAGAGACGGCGGGGUAAGGCGUACGUGUUCAUCAGCGAGCUGUGCACCGCGCUGCGCGCAAACUCGCACAAGCGCAAGCUGCAGCUGAGCCACGCUGGCACGCACACGCAGCAGCACGGCGUGGAGACAUGCGACCCCGCGGGACCGGUGCAGGGGACAGAGGAGCCCGCAGAGCAGCAACAGGAGGAGGAGGAGGAGAGAGGCAAAACUGCCAAGGCAUCCAAGAGACAGAUCCGGUACCUGGAGAGCCUGUUGAAGGUGUACUCUGAUGAGAUCCAGAAGCUGCAGGAGAAGGAGCUGGAAUUGGAGGAUCUGCAGGACGAGGACUCCAGCUACAUCCAGGAGCACAGGCUUAAGCGCAAGAUGAUGAAGAUCUAUGAGAAGCUGUGUGAGCUGAAGGGCUGCUCUGCUCAGACGGGCCGGGUGAUUGAGCAGAGAAUCCAGUACAGUGGAACACGCUACCCAGAGAUCAACAAGAGGGUGGAGCGCUUCAUCAAUAACCCGUCGCAGAGCGGUGCGUUCCCGGACUACUCGGAUAUCCUGCACGUGAUGACGAGAGCCAGUGAGAAGCAUCAGCUGGGGCUCGGCAGGAAGCAGCUGCAGAGUCUGGCCCAGGACGCCUUCCGGGACGUGGGGAACAGACUGCAGGAGCGCCGGCACCUUGACCUGGUCUACAACUUCGGGAGCCACCUGACCGACCAGUACAGCGCCCGGGCAGACCCCGCCCUCUCAGACCCCUCCCUCUCAAAGAAGCUGCACUCCAAUAGGGCGCUGGCACUGUCCAGCAUAGACCAGGUCAUCACGAAAUACGCGGCCUUUCAGGAUGAGAUGGAGGAGCAGGAGAGGAACAGGAGGAUCGAGAGAGAGAAAGAGAAGAAGGAGAAGGAGGGAGAGGGGACCAGCGGAGCACAGGUUAAAGAGACUCUUGGGGGGGUAGUCGGCCCCCUGGAUUGUAGCUGGGCAGACCCUCAGGGGGGAGGGGUUUAUUUUCUGUUUUUAUUUUCACUGCAGGACAAAACACUGUCGAUGAAUAGAGAGGAGGAGGAGGAGGAGGAUGAAGAGGAGGAGGAGGAGGAGGAAGAGUUCUCUUCAGACCCUGAUAUUGAGGAGGAGCUGGAGAGGGCAGCGGAGGGAGAAGAUGAAGAGAAGGCCGAGGGGGGUGCCCAGGACCGGCUCAUGGCCAAAGAGAGCGGGAUUUCCUGUUCCGAGGAGGAAGCAGAGAGCAACAGGGAGGAAGUGGCAGAGGACAGCCAAUUGGAGAAGAGCCAGCACGAGGACAGGAAGUCAGAGACACAGGAAACUACAAGUGGCACGCAAACCCGAAUGGGGGAGGCAGCUGCUACGGGAAGCCCCUCCCCUCCUGCCAGCCCCAGCCAAUCAGGCACUCGGGAGGUCAGCCAGGAAGUGGGUGACUCCCCUAGUGAUGACAUCAUGGAGGUGGAGCAGAAAACUGCCAAUCGGAACUCUCCUCUGUCUCUCUGCUUGGUCAUUGAGUCCUCGCCCCUGUCUUCCUCAGGAUCAGCCAUUCAGAGCACAGGGCUGUCUCCCAAAGCCAAUGAGAUGUCACUGUGUGGGUCGCUGCUGUCCUGUCUCUCCUCCAUAGCAGACUCUCCCCUCCUCCCCAGAGUUUUAAUCUCUAGUAACCUUGACAACUCACCCCGGUCCCCCUCCCCUCCCCUCUCGGACAUUCUCGACUCUCCCCUACUUGUCUGCUCCCAGGCGUCCAAUCACAGCUCAUCGGGAGAGGGACACAGAGAUACCACAGCCAAUCACAGCUCCAGCAGGAGUGUGAAGAGGAAGCAAGGCUCCUCGCCGCCCAAUAAGAAACAAGAGAUGAAUGGGCGAUCAGAGGUCGCCAACAAGGCGUCAGUGGACAGUGUUGAUGAGGAGAUCUCUCUUGAUAGGGAAGUGUAUUCCAGCAGUCCCCCCGACUCUCGCGGUACAGUCUUCCCAGUAGCUGACUCCACCAGAGCAGACUCUCCGCUGUCGCAACUGGUCAGCAGCUCACAGCCCAGUUCCAGCAAGUGUAAUCCCAAUAAGAGGAAGAAGGUCACCGUGGCUACACAGUGCAACCCAGAGGAAGUGAUUGUCCUGUCCGACUCCGACUGACCUCCGGAUGACUCCCAGGUUACCCCCCCCCUGAAAAACUCCGCCCACCCAAACAAUAGGAAGGCUGAGUGACAAGAUCCUGAAGCCUGUGGAUGGGGCUGUCCAAUGUUCAGUGAUCCAUACAGAGAACUAAGAUUUACAAACACUGCUCUAGUCUAACUAGCAGCUGGACUAGAACACAGGCUUUGAGAAACACAGAUUUUUUUUGUAGUGGACUGGGGUUUAGUAUUUAUCAAACACACUGCCUGAUAUUUUUGUAAAUAUAAGUUUAAAAAGGUGGGAGAUUUAAAUACAUUUAAGAUUAAUGGAAACGCCAAGUUUCUUUUGGUGGGAUAUUUCUGUUUUGUGAGCUACUUGUAAUACAAAUGGAAUUCAUGUUUGUUAUAAAGGUAGCUGCUUUUUCUGUAAAGCACAAUAUCUAGCAUUUUUAUUAAAAAAAAAAAAAAAAAAAAGUUUAGUAUUGUGCCAAAAAUGCAUUAUUAAAAGAUCAACGGCUUCAAAAGUCAUUCAGUUUAACUGAUGUGGGCGUCACUGUGUUUGAACUGCAGGGUGUCACAAAAAAUCAGGCAGUGCAGGCAGCAUCAGAUUCAUACAGCAAGCACUGAGAGAUCCAGCAUGCAUCACACAGCAAGCAUUGAGAGAUCCAGCAUGCAUCACACAGCAAGCAUUGAGAGAUCCAGCAUGUAUCACACAUUCAUACAGCAAGCAUUGAGAGAUCCAGCAUCCACAAUGUCAGUUUCUUAAUUAGAUUAUAUUAUCUGACGAUGAAGAAACGAGCUCAAAGCUGUUUUUUCUAGCGCAUACAUUCCUUGAAAAAGUGAUCACCGCUGUGUAAAAGAUGUAGUCACUAUGCACCAUUUGUUUCAUAAAGACAUUCUGUCUGGAGACACACCUCUUGUCAAAUUUAGCAAAUAACAAGGCAGAAUUAGCAAAGAAAAAAGCAAUGUGUUUACAUUAAAGGGUGCUAUUUAAAUUACAGUCAGGUGAUAAAAAGCACUGAACUGUGUAGAAGAACAAGUCGGUCAGCAGAACGCCUUUUUAUCAAAGUGUUUCAUAUUUUAUCCUGGUUAUUUUAAUCCUAAUAAAACACUAAACUGAAUUUGUGGAGUACAUAGAAUUACUGUCACGUGACAUUGCUGGACUGUUAUUGAACUGUCUCAUGUAUUUUUAUUGCCAGCAAUAAGAUAAACAUGUCUUUUCAAAACACCUUUAUCUGUAGAAUAAACUACAUUGUUAGCGGAAGACUGUAAAUAUGAUUCUCACAGCUGUGCUGGACAUUUGGUUUUCUGGACUGUUGUAAUG